UGGCUUGUAAUGCCGAGCCCCGGGUCCCCGCGCGGGGCGUCCUGCCGGGGAAAGCGCCCCACUGCCUUCUCCGCGCUGAUCAUUUCCUAGUCCUUAGCCCCAGGCAGCACCCUCGGGCCUGACCGCUCCUAAAGGUAUCUCUCAGGAGUCUUGAGUGCACUAAAAAAAACCCAUGUUGCUGACAAGUGGAAUCAGCAACAGGUGCAGACAGUGCCUGGAGGGCAGCACUGACUGUCUGGCCGCAGCAACAGCAGCGAGAGGAGGUGAACAUGAGUAGCCCCACCACGAAGCCGACCUGCCUGUCACAGCCAAUGGUGAAGAGUGUGCUGGUGUAUCGCAACGGGGAUCCGUUCUUUCCGGGGCACCGGGUAGUCGUCCAUGAGAAGAAGGUGUCCAACUUUGAGGUCUUCCUGAAAGAGGUGACCGGUGGGGUGAAGGCGCCUUUUGGGGCUGUGCGUAGCAUCUACACCCCCCGGGGCGGGCAUCGCGUCCGUCAGUUGGAGGAGCUCCAGAGUGGAGAGCACUACGUGGCUGGUGGCAGGGAGGCCUUCAAGAAACUCAACUAUUUGGACAUAGGAGAGGCAAAGAAAAAGCCUGCAGAAGUCAAUAAUGAGUUAACAGUGGAAGAUGUGAAGCCAGUUACCCAUAGUAGAAUCAAUGUGUCAGCACGGUUUCGAAAACCACUUCAAGAGCCAUGCACUAUUUUUCUGAUUGCUAAUGGAGACCUUAUAAAUCCAGCAGUGCGCCUCUUCAUCCCUAGAAAAACACUAAAUCAGUGGGAUCAUGUUCUUGAAAUGGUGACAGAAAAAGUAACCCUCCGAAGUGGAGCUGUGCACAGGCUUUAUACUUUAGAUGGAAAACUUGUUCAGAGUGGGUCAGAUCUGGAGAAUGGGCAGUUCUAUGUCGCAGUGGGCAGAGACAAGUUUAAGAAGUUGCCUUAUGGUGAUCUACUGUUUAGCAAGUCUACAAUAAGAAGACCUCAGGGUUCCAAAGCCUCUUCACUGCCUCCUGUUGUGGGAUCCCGAAAAUCGAAAGGGAGUGGAAAUGAUCGCCAAUCUAAAUCUACUGUUGGCUCCCGUGACACAGGAGACAUGGUGUCAUCUCCUCAGCCUCCAAAGAGAAAGGAAAAGAGAGAACAGACUCAAGAGAAGAUCAGUUUUUCUAACAAACCCACAAAAGUGAAGCAAAAUAUAAGAGCAACAACUUAUAUCCUUCAAGAUAACGAUGAAGGUAUUUACAAAGCUGGUGAAAAACGGUCUGAAACGUGGGGGGCAGCGGAAAUCCAGGAAGAUGAAGACACUCAAGUAGAGGUUCCAGUAGAUCAGAGGCCAGCAGAAACAGUAGAUGAGGAAGAAAAUGAAGAAGAGGGAGAUGAGGGAGAAAUGAAUGGAGAUCAGGGAGAGGAAAUGGGGGAGGCCGUUAAUGGAAAUGUUCUCCAGAAUGAGAUAGAAGAAAAUGAAGAGAAAAUAAAUGAGAAUUAUGAAGAGCAAGAGGAAGAGAAUUUUGGACAGCUGGAGGAAGAGGGGCCUUUCCACUUAAACGGUGAAACUAAUGAAGAAAAUGGUGAGGAAAUGGAGCAGUUUAAUGACCACAAUGAUCUUCAUCCUGAAGAAGAAACAAAAGCACCAGAGGACUUUGACAAUCAAAGCCAGAUUGACUCUCAUCUGGAAAAAACAUCAAAUCCAAGAGUAACUAUCACCAGCCCACAAGAAAGUGAAAAAAAUGACCAAACCAAUGAGUAUGCUGCUGUAGCAUAGACUUUUUAAAAAGUAGAUUAGCAGAAAAUGAAGGAUUGUAAUAUUUGUCAUUUAAAGCAUAUUGUUAUCUGUGAUUGAUAAUUUAUAAUGUGAAGAUACAGUUGAGUACCACCUAUUGAGUCUUGAAAUGAUAAUGCCAUAUGGAUUGACAGAGAUAAUGAAUAUCCUAUUAAAAGGAAGACUGAAUUAUUUUCACAAUAUGUGGCUUACUGAUCAGAUUUUAGGGGGGAAAUUUAGGGGUUUUUGUUUAGAAAUACUAUAAAUAAGUGAGCUAUUCCUUCUUUGUUCUCAGAUGAUAGUACUAGAAUCAACCCCAUUUGUUAGUCUUCCAAUGUGCUCCAAAAAAGCAUUUGUUAGACAUCAGAGUUUUUCAGCAAUUUUGUUUAGAAAAGAAUAUUUUUGUGACUUCUAAUGGAAAAAUGUAUAAUGUUUUUCUUAGAAUAAUAAACAGCUAGAAAUAUAAGGUAUACUUAAUUUCCAGGCUUAUAAUUUAGAGGUAAUGUGCCAGAUUCUCCUCUUGGUGGAGUUCACCCACAUAAAACUGGAGUCGAGAAUCUAUCCUAAUUAGAUGUACAAAACUGGAUAGUGGCUUUCCAGUAAAGCAGCAGCAUUUGUGGUGGUUUUGUUAAUAAAAAGCACAUAUAUAGCACCCUGAAUAGAGCGGGGGAGAGAGAGAGACUUCAGUACUGCAACCUGAUCCAUGUACUCAGAUCCCUGCUGCUGCAGAAAGACCCACUGACUUCAGUAGAACUCUGCACAGAUGUAGGAAGUCUGCAUGCACAUAGAACCGUUUGCAGGAUUUGGGCUAUAGAGUAGAAUUGAGCAACAUUUUUCAGACGCAUAAUUUAUUUGCCGAAAAAUGCAGUUUUGCUUGACCACAAACUAGUCAAGAAUCUGGCAUGGAUUUGCUGAAUAGUUUCAGCCAAAUUUUUUUUUUGGCUGACUUAGGACCAUUCACAAAAUGGCUGGAGGAGGUGAUGUUGACUAUAGCACUUACCUGUGACAUGGGAGGCCUGUCUUCAAUUCCUGCCUCUGCCUGUUGUGGAGCAGGGAUUUGAAAUCAGUCUCCCACAUCGCAGGAGGGUGCCCGAGCCACUGGGCUGAAGGUUAUAAGAGAACAAACACCACCGCUUCCUCCUCUAGCUCUUCUGUGUACCUCGCCCUUCAUUUCCUUUGCUUCCAAAAGUGACUAGUGGAAACUAGGGCUAUCGAUUAAUCAUAGUUAAUUCACACGAUUAACUCAAAAACUUAAUCGCAAUU